AUGGCGCCCACUAAGAAAACAAUGUUGUUUGUGUGCCUGUUGGUUGCUGCAGUGGCGGUGGUUGUUCCUGUUGCCCAAGGCAAUGCUCAUAAGAGUAUAAGCUUAAUCACAGGAAAGCUCUUUUGCACUCUCAAUGGAAAUGGCACUGCUUCAAGCCCACCAUUCCCAAAUGCUAGCGUCCAACUACGUUGCGGAUCAGGCAACGGUAAAUUAUUUGAAACUGCGAAAACCAACUCCACGGGACAGUUUAGCAUCCUUGAGAAAAAUUUACCCUAUACAGUCGCUCAAGUAUUAUCCGGAUGUCGUGUUGUGGUUGCCACACCAUUUAAGAAGUGCAACUCCACUCUGCCUGCCAUCGGUACUGUAGCUUCAAAGUUAACAUUGAACCCAACCCCCGUCGUUGGCCCUAAAAACGUCACCAUCUACAAGGCGGUUAACUUUAAACGACUCUAA